AUUUUCAACAUUUAAUAUUGGUAACUACAUAUUCCGGUUUUGAUUUGAAAUUUUUUUUUUGUUAUUAUUAUUGUUGUUAUUUAUAAAUAAAAAUUUUCGGUAACGAUUAACGAAAUGUCCAAGAAAGCGAAAAAGUUUCAAAUGAUGGUUCGUGGCGAUUCGGCUCCUAGUGCACAAGCGAUUUGUGAAAAAGACGCAAUUAAUCAGUUGAAUUGUGUUGAACUUGAAAGUUAUAAGCAACGAAUAUUUGUUAACUCUUUAGAGCGCAUUGAAGAUGAAACAUUGAAAGAAAAAUGUAAAGACCUGAGUAUACAUUAUCGAAUGUUCAAAAAUGACGAAUCUUGUUUUGGUGCCAAAGAGUUGUCUGAAUACGAUAAAGAUAAAUUAAAGAAUUGUAUCGGAGAAUGUGUAAACAAAGAGUGUUUGACUAUUAUUAAUGAAAAAGAGUCUAUUCCAGCAGAGUUGAUGCAGUUGGUCGAGUCUGAGCCGAAUUUUCCAGACAUUUUAAGUAAUAAAUUGGAUGUAUUUAUUUCUCUUUUAAAUAAAUAUGUAAAUAACAAUAAGGAGAUAAAAAAUUCAAUAUUGAAGUUACAAAAUAGUAGCCAUAUUAAUUUAACAGAAGCGGAACAUUUAAACAAACAAGUCAAUGUUUUAAACUCCAAUUCAAAGAACCUACAAAGUGUUCUCAUAAAUGAUUGUUCAGAAAAUGUAUUUGAUGAGAUGAAAAAAUAUUAUAAUGAAAAAGAAAAGGAAUACACGGCAAAUCUGUCCAAGUUAGAACAUCUAAAGACUCAACAAGAAAAAUAUAAUCAAGUUGACGGUCCAGAAUACAGAGCUCUAGUCAAGAGUUAUUUACAAACAACAGAAAUGAUAAAAAUGAAAACUGAUAUGUUAAAUGAUUGUUGAUUAAGUUUUUUAUUUUUAAAUAUUAUAUUUUAUUAACACAGCCUAACCCAACAAUAAAAUUAAACUUAUGUUUUUAAUAACACAA